AGUGUGUAGUGUGUUCACGGGAAAGGGGUGCAUUCCCGGUACGAUCGAUGUGGGCACUACUUUCUAUUCGAUUCGGUUCGUUUCACCUUGAACCUCGUUCACAUCACCGGCCUUGGAUGGCCUUGCGAUUGGUUUAUCGGUAAGCUUUAACUACCGUCCGUUCCCUCGCCAUUGCCGAUGGGAUGUUUCCAAAUUUUGGUGCUCUGCAUCUCGCUGAGUGAUCAAUCUCACCCCUCUCAGGAACGAUGGACCGCACGGAAGCAAGCGUCGCCAGCGGGCCCGCUUUUGGGCAGAAACGAUUGAGCGCAAUUAUCCUGAAUACUUAAGCCUCGCUCGUCCCUACCACGUCGGCGCCGGCAUAUGGAAGCCGCGCAGAGUGCAAUUGACGGGCGAGUGUUGUGUCGGUCCCCAGAUCGCCGAUCGAUCGUCUUCGGACGGGCAAUAAACAUAAACUUUUUACUGUCAUAUUUUUUCGCGCCUCUCACACCGCGCAGGAAGGCCGUAGUACUAGCUCUCCCCCAUUUUGUUUCGUUCGCGUAUGGCAUUCUCCCAAACCGACCAUCUAGCUGGACAUUGCGACCACACCGCGUCAGUGUAGUAUUUAAUAGGAACUUUGCCGCAGCUUCAGUUUAGUUUGAUUUCAUCAAUUACGGACACCGCAAGUACGCGCUCGCAGGCGAGUUCGUGCAACUUCGAGCCAACCCGACCCGGACAGUGGCAAUCCAGUGGCAAUGCAGUACCGCACACCGACGUCCAUCUUAAUUUUCUUCUGUUUGGUAUGCCACAUAGCUCUAUGUGCACCGAACGAUGGAAAGUAUAACCCGAGAAAGUACAACAAAAAUGGAAAAUACGUGCACAGAGGUGAAGACUACGUGGAGGAUCUGAGCCGGUACCGGUACGUGCACUAUGACGAUGGCGAUCGCGGAAGGUACUACCACAUACACAUACCGUAUGAUGGUGGUUACGGCAACUACGAAGGUGGCCACGAGCCCUACCGAUUCCCACCGUACGAUCCAGCCGGAGAGUAUGCCGAACAAGUGAAUAAGUAUUCGUACGAUCCUUUCCGAGCGGAUUCGUACGAUAUCAAGAAACCAUCCAUCUAUCUUGAGUACGGUAUACCUUCGGUGUCCGAAACUAACACCGCCUCCAGUGUAGUGGAUGUCCGGAAGUCGUUACUGCCCGGACCAGGAACGGCAUACCUACCCGUACCAGCAUCAGGGGAACUCGACGUUCGUCAAUCACUUCUUCCUGGGCCGGGAACGGCGUACCUUCCUGUGGUGUCUUCCAAAGAACAGAGUCUUGCGAUCGGCUCCUCCGAAAAACGAUCAAAAAUCCUUCCCCAUCCUAAUAGCAUCGACAGUAUAGAUCACCUCACAACGGCUGCGAGCUCCGAUCGUAACUCCGUGCGUGCUACGACAACACAGCCUCCGAUCGAGACGACAACAGUGCCUAAUAUACUAACCGAUCGGUCCGAUCCGAUCGAUGACAGUUCGCUGCACAGCCGUCCCUGCUUUGCCACCAGCGCCCCACUAAAGCUCUCCAAAACGUGACGAGUGAAUGAAAGCUUCGGCGAGCUUUUACGGAUUCACCGCGUUGCUGUGAUGAUCCACUUAGGUUAGUUGAUAAGCGGUUCGUGCUCUGUAUUUUGAAAGUUGUUGCCCCAUAAACAUAUUCCCCCCACAAACACGAUGAUGAAAGAUUGUUACGACCUUGACGACACGAGUCACAUCGAGCGGUGUGAUGUGAUCUUGUUUUGAUAAAGGUAUAAAAUUUACCUCCAUAAAAUAUCACCGACUAGAGGCAGACCGAAGGUAUGUACAACCCCUCCAGAUCCCUCCGAAAAGGCCACCUGAACGUCAUAAAGUACGGUGACAAAUUAACUGCUUCCGGUGGUGCUGAUGAUGCUUCGUUUGCAGAUGCUACCGAAACAUGGCCCGAAGAAACACUCCGAUGCUCUAAUGAGUUGAGCAACACUGGCUGACAAGAUAAACGGUGUCGCAUUUGACUUGAGGGCAGAUUUAUGCAAAUCCAUCCCAAAGUGUCUCCACUGUGCAGCGGCAGUGGCGAACAAAGGCGAACCACACGCUCGCCGUACGUCAUCUGAAGGAUUUGCUCGGGAUGGUUGAUGAGGUGUUGUGUGUUUGGCUUUUCGGAUCCUCGCCCAUUUGCUCACAUGCCGCUGAUCUUGUCGCAAACAAUACGCCUACA